AUGGCAAUACUCUCCAGCUUCAUCUUCCAAUGGCGCAGUCUUCUACGCAGGCAAGCAUUUCUCCAGUUGGACGCUACCUUCACCGCUGGUGCCAGCCGUCCUUACAACUGGAGGCGGAAGCAGUUGCAAGGGGUGCAUGACUUGAUCCAGAAGCAUACCGAUGAGCUUGUAGGCGCAGCUUUGAAAGACAGCCGCCUCGUGCGCUCUGAGGUUCUGCUCGAACUUGGAGCAGUCCUACAGACCGUCAAAACCGAGUUGGACAACGUCAUUAGGAGCUCGAAGACUACCACUAAGGGCUCCAGGGCUGAGGUCCUAGGACUCUUCCGUCAGAAUCAGAAGAUCAAGCAAAUCCAAGCACCUGCUGGUGUCAUCUUGGUUACGCCUCACUGGGCCUUCCCAUUUGUGACGACGCUUGGUACUCUGGUGUCUGCGUAUGCCGCCGGCGACGUCGCGGCGCUAUACUUCCCACCAAGUGUAGCGUCGUCAGUGGCCGACAUUUUGUCCAAGCUGUUGCCCAGGUAUAUCGACCAGCUAUCUUUCGCCGUACUUGGUUUGUCCCAGCUGUCGAAGCAGCAUGCGCACCUUCUUGAAGUCCUUCCUUCGCCGUCUGUCGCCGCUCUGAAGGUCGGUAAGGACGGUUCCCUGAAUUUCGACAUACCUCCUGCGAUUGCCGGGGCUCUUCACGGACCCAGUACCGUCUAUGUCCACCAGAGUGCUCUGUCUAGGCCGGGUAGUUCCGCCAGGAAGACUGAAGCCAAGGACAUUGCUACUGCCAUAGUGCAAGCGAAGCUGGCAUUCAACGGUGAGUCGCCCAUGGCGCCUUGGAUCGCAUACUUCGACGAGGAAGUCUACGAUGACAUUGCGCGGGAACUCGCUACGGCUGUCGCUCGCAUUGGGGCCGGCCUCCAGACCGCCACCCGUAAUCAGGAGGCAGAGAGUGCCAAGGACAUGGUGGAUGCUAUCUUGAAAGAUGGCGCCAAGGCUUUAAUUUCUGGCCCGCUCUAUAUCUUGGAAGACGACGUGACGAAAAUAAGCAAGAGAAACAUACCGCCUGGGCGGGUCCCGUUCUUGCUCGUCUCUCGUGUCCAGUCGCCUGAUACUGCCAUCGACCGAAUGCAGGCUAUGCCGCGUCUCUCCGCCUUCUACCUUUUUGUCAAGUCAAAGAAAUUCCAGACUUACGUUACUGAGCACGUUGACAGUGCUGUGACCGUUGCCAACUCAAUCCCACCCUCUAUCCUCGUCCAUCCGCUCUCUCACACCACCGCUGUCCAGCCCGUCCUCUCCCGCGACCAAGCCAUUGUCUCUGCCUCUUCCCCCGCUGCGAUGAUCAUGUCUGGAUCCGACAUGGAGUCCAAGAUGCUUGAGGCGAUCAAGAACUCCUACAUCGAAAGGCUCGAUGAGGGGCCUGGCACCCGCAUGGAUUUCUUUGAGCAGGUUAAGCUGGUGUACCGAGGGGUGCAGUUCGUGACUUUGGUUAGUGUCGGCUUGGGUGCAUGGCGGCUAUAUAACAGGUUUUCUCGGUGA